GGUAACAGACAGAGUAGCAUUUUCAUUUUCAUUCAUAAAUAUUUAUGAACUCAAAACACUUAAACCAAUACCAAUACAUCUCCGGUUCAUCUUUCUAUAAACAUAUAGAUUAAGGGGGUAUGUUGUUCCCGGAGUCUCCGGUGGCCGGAAAUCUUUGCGCCUUGGUUCUCUCCACCUGCGUAGCGCUAUCUUUGCUUCGAUUGUUUGAAGAAACUGCAAGAAGAGGGAUUUUCGACCAGAAACUAAACAGGAAGCUUGUGCAUAUAACCAUAGGACUGGCAUUCAUGUUGUGCUGGCCUCUGUUCAGUUCAGGCAGUGGAGGAGCAUACAUAGCCGCUCUUGUUCCUGGUGUUAAUAUUGUCAAAGUGCUUCUCAUAGGACUUGGAAUUGUUAAAGACGAAGCUACGGUCAAGUCUAUGAGCAGAUUUGGAGACUACAGGGAACUUGUUAAGGGUCCAUUGUACUAUGCGUCUACAAUCACUUUUUGUUGCACGAUCUACUGGAGAACGUCCCCAAUUGCCAUUGCUGCAAUUUGCAAUCUUUGUGCAGGAGACGGUUUUGCUGACAUUAUCGGGAGGCGGUUUGGAAAGAAGAAGCUCCCUUAUAAUACUGAUAAAUCGUUUGCAGGGUCCAUUGCCAUGGCCAUUUCUGGUUUCAUGUCCUCUGUCGGGUUCAUGUAUUAUUAUUCAAUGUUCGGUUUCGUGGAGAGAAGUAUUGGCAUGGUGGUCGGCUUCUUAACGGUGUCUGUUGCGAGUGCGUUGGUCGAGUCCCACCCCGUAAGCACCAAGUUUGACGACAAUCUGACGGUGCCUCUUGUUUCUGUGUUCAUAGGAACAUUGGUAUUCUCGUAAAUGUAUCGGCUGGUUUUGUUGUAAAAUGUUUGUUGUAUGGCUACUGUUUUUCCAUCCAAGUGUCAUGCCAAUUUGGGUAUUGUCACAACCUAAUGAACCAUCACAACCCUUCAUUCGGACCACCAGUUAUCGAACCUAGUAUGAUACCGACUUUU